AUGGAUGUCGUCGCCGCGGUGUCCGGGUACAUCUCUAAGAUGGUCACCACCGGCGAUCCGUCGACGACGGGGAGCUCUUCAUCAUCUAAAAUGAAGAUUCUGCUUUUGGACAGUGAGACAGUCCCGAUUGUAUCGACUGCCAUCACCCAGUCCGCCUUACUAAACCACGAGGUCUAUCUGAUAGAUCGAUUGGAUAAUGCCGCUAGGGAAAAAAUGCGACAUCUGCGAUGCCUGUGCUUUGUGCGCCCCUCUCCCACCUCCAUCCAAUUCCUCAUCGACGAACUGCGCGAACCCAAGUACGGCGAAUACUAUAUCUACCUGAGCAACAUCAUCCGCAAAUCCUCCCUCGAGCGACUCGCGGAAGCAGACAGUCACGAGGUUGUCCGUGCGGUUCAAGAACACUUCGCCGAUUUUCUGGUCGUCAAUCCCGACCUAUGUUCCCUGAAUCUUGGGUUCCCCAAUCUGCGACUAUGGAGCCACUCUCCGGACUUAUGGAAUCCGGAUGCGCUGCAGCGAGCCACGGACGGGGUUAUCGCGAUGCUUUUAGCGUUGAAGAAAAACCCAUUGAUUCGUUACGAGAAGAACAGCUUACUGGCGAAGAAGUUGGCCACCGAAGUUCGCUAUCAAGUGACCCAAGAAGAGCAACUGUUCAACUUUCGGAAAACCGACACUCCCCCGAUUUUGCUGAUCCUGGACCGACGAGACGACCCCAUCACUCCGCUUCUCACACAAUGGACGUAUCAGGCGAUGGUCCAUGAACUACUGGGUAUCAAUAAUGGAAGGGUGGACCUUCGAGACGUGCCCGAGAUCCGACCGGAGCUUCGCGAGAUUGUCCUUUCCCAGGACCAAGAUCCAUUUUUCAAGAAGAACAUGUAUCAGAACUUUGGUGAUCUGGGCCAGAACAUCAAGGAAUACGUCGAACAAUAUCAGGUCAAGACUCAAAACACCAUGAACAUCGAGUCGAUCGCAGAUAUGAAGCGUUUCGUGGAGGACUACCCUGAAUUUCGCAAACUCUCCGGUAAUGUGAGCAAGCAUGUUACCUUGGUGGGUGAGCUCAGCCGACGGGUCGGCGAGCACGAUCUCCUGGACGUGAGCGAGCUGGAGCAGAGCCUGGCUUGCAGUGACAACCAUGCAAAUGACCUCAAGACUCUGCAAAGAAUUAUCCAGUUGCCCACCGUACCAGCUGAGAACAAGUUACGAUUGGUGGCACUUUAUGCUAUUCGAUACGAAAAGCAGCCGUCUAAUGCAUUGCCUGUGUUGCUUGACUUGAUGGUUACUGCCGGAAAUGUCCCCUCAUAUAAAGUCAACAUCAUCCCCAAACUCCUCGCCUACCACCACUCUCUUCAAGCUCCUCCCGUCGCCGGGGGCUUCUCUGACUUGUUCGAGUCCACGUCUUUCUUCGGUGGCGCAAAGGACCGUUUCAAAGGACUCAAGGGCGUUGAGAACGUCUAUACCCAACACUCGCCUCGACUAGAGGCAACAUUACAGAAUCUAAUCAAGGGCCGCUUAAAGGAGCUGCAGUAUCCCUUCCUUGAGAAUAGCGGCCAUAUUCGCGACAAACCUCAGGACAUUAUAAUCUUUAUGGUCGGCGGAGCAACGUAUGAAGAGGCCAAGAUGGUUGCCCAAGUCAAUGCCAGCUCUCCUGGCGUUCGGGUGGUGCUGGGUGGCACAGCCAUCCACAAUAGCACCAGUUUCUUAGAAGAAGUUGACGAUGCUGUGAGCGGCUGGCCCGAGCCCGGCCCCUCUAGUGCUGCUGGACGGCUCCGGAGGGAGCUUGCGCGGUAG